AAACAUGUGUGAUACAUCAUUAAGGCUAAAAUUACAAUUAAAAUACAAACAAACUGACAUUCAAAUAAUAGAUUUGAAAUGGCAGGAUAUUGAUAAAUAUAUAACGGAGGGUUUCCCGCAGCCUGAUAUAAUUAUUGCCGCUGAUAUUCUCUACGAAAGCGAUUCGUUUGAUUCGUUGACAUUAGGAUUAAAGCAUCUUUUAACAUUAAAUAAUUAUGCUGUAUUCGCUGCCACAAUUCGCAAUGAGAACACUAUUUCGCAGUUUUUGGAGCAUUUAGGAAAUCACAAUCUUGCUUUUGAAGAGUGUACCUCACCAAAAUGGACUAUGUCAAUACAAUCGAUUAAUUCGCCUGUUCGAAUAUUAAAGAUUUUUCGGAAGAUUUGAUAUGGUAAUUUUAUUCCGAAUGAUAUUAUCGACUUAUUUACAAUUAGGAGAUAAUCAGACUAGGAAGGCAAUUAAACGGGUGAAUUUAUUAAUAACCUUAGCCUAAAUUCCUACAUAUAUAAAUAACAAAGUGUUAAAAAUAUGUAUAAAAGUAUUAAAUAUGAAAUAGAUUUUGUAUGUAUCUAUUAUAUAA